AUUCUUUUAUUUUCAGAUCUGAUACUCUUAUCAACUAUACUUUAUAUAACUUAUUAGUACAAUUUUCUGUACAAUAUAAAGACAUCAUGAUUGAACAAGAACAAAUAGAUUUCAUUAUCAACCACCAAAUGUUUUAUCCCGCUGUAGGGUUGGUCGGUUUCGUCUUUAUUCUUUUUGUCCUUAAAUUCCUGAUGGGAUCUCGUGCCACGGAUUCUCGAAGUUCGUUAGAAGAUGAUCCCAAGUCUAAUUCCGGAAAACGUAAGAAAGGAAAGAAGCAGAAAGCAAGUCAAGAAAAGAAGCAAUCAUCGGAUUCUUCUCCUAAGUCCAAGAAAGUUUCGCGCAAAAACGAAGUCGAUAGUUUAUUUGAAACUGGUAAUAAAAGAAAUUUGGAAGAGGGAAACAUUCCUGAUAAGAAAAGGGAUGGAAAAUCAAAAAGUAAAUCGAAAAAGAAGAAAAGUCAAACUCAAUCAAGUAAAAUUGAAAAUACAAUGAUUGAAUCUCAACCUAUGGAUGCUAUGUUUGAUUCCGGUGAAUGGAAAACCGUUAGUACGAAGGAACAGCGAGAGCAACAGAAGCGAGAAAAACGUAAAUUGGAAGAAGAUGUUGCUGUUGCCGUGGAAACCGCAGACAAAGCUAGUCUCGUACCUCUUGUCCAGCCUGUUUAUAAACCAACACCUAAUAUAUCUGCAAUUGCUAAAGGAAUAGCACCAAGAUUCGCAAGAGCUGCUGGUGAAACAUGGCAAGAAAAGCCUGCUGUUCAACCAGUGCUCCCUCUGCAAUCAAAACGUCCUAUGCCUCCAGCUACUAUACCUGGGACAAGUAAACAAUCUUCAAAAGGGAACACUGUGAAUCAAGGAUGGUCGCCAGGCAGUCAGGGUAAAUCAUAUUGGCCUGGUGAUAUAGGAACAACAUGGCCAAACUCAACUCAAUCAGCAACAAGCAUUACUAAUGAUUUAAUUGGAAUUUCAUGGCCGCCAAGUGAUACAACUAGUUCUCUACUUUCUAUGACGACAUCUGGUGGCAAAGGUUCCAUGCCAGGAUGGCCUCAAGGUGGCAGCACAUGGCAAACAACAGACGAAAUGCAUACCUUGGAGCAAUACAAUAACAUGAGAAAAACUUACCCCACCCCUUCACCCACUUCCUUGAGCCCCAACCUGGUCCAAGAUCAAUCCUCUUCCUCUACCCACUCCUCGUGCUCCGAUGAUGUUUUUACCCCCCACCCUACAGUUCAUCGAACCCCCUACUUCGCCCAUUCUCACCCGUUUCAUAGCGAACCCACGUCCCUAUUUCAGCAAUAUGGGUUUUCAACGAAAGGAAUUUUUGGAACUGCUACUUCAACCAGUAUGACCUGGGACAUCCACACUGAAGAUUGGGUUCAUGUUAAUAAUGGGCAGAAUGGAAGAACUUUAGAUACGAAUGCUGAUUGGGCAAGUGGGGACUCGCCCAUUCGUACUCAAACGACUGUGACAACGCAAAAGGUAGAAGAAUGGACGCUCGAGCCAGAAGGUUUUCCGAUAAAUCCUCCUCAACUUGACCCCAAUGACCCCUGGAACCUGGAAGUUAUUGAAAAUGAGGGAAACGGUGAUUGGUCAGCUCCCGUAUCUUCGUGGGAUAAUACUAAUGAAGAAUGGAAGGCUCCUGUUCCUGUUAAAACUACUCCAUCAUAUAUUUAUGAAUCAAGCGAUGAAGAAAAAUCGUCAGCGAAAAUAAUUUCAUUUUCCCACCAACAAAAUUCAUCGAAUAUUGUAACCGGUUCUUCGUCACCUCAAGCCGCAAUUGUCGGCGCUGGACCAGAGUUUAUGAACCAAGCAACUGGCCAAGGUCAAAGUAAGAAAUCUCGUAGACGCAGAAAGAAGAAAACGACAUCUAAUGAACCAGAACAGACCUCCAGUCCCACCCAGCAAUCCAUCCCUGAAAUUGAGACUCCAAAAAUUGAAACAACCGAAAAAAAGGAUUUGAAAUCUGAAUUGGACACAAAACCUGAAUCCCCAGAUAAAACAACGGUACAAGAUAUCAAGGAAAAGACUCUGGAAGAAGCAAAAGAAGAUUGGUCCGUGCCAAAAGCUUCGAAGAAAAGAAAAAGCAAAGCAAGAAAAGCCGACUAGACAGACCUGCUCUAAAGACAUGAUUAUUAGCUACCUAGGAAUCCCAAUAAAUUUUGCGAUAAAAAAAUUGUAGGCAAUCGUUUUGAAAUAUUUUUAGUUCAUGAAUUUGUGGUUUUUUGAUUGAGAAAAGACAAAACAGAACAUAGGAUGCCUAACUGGUAAAAAGCAAACUAUAUUAGUUUUUGGAAACCCGCUUUGUUUGAUUGUAACCAUUUGUCAUUUAUUUGCCAUGAGUUUGUCUUAUAACCAGGGCUGCCAUUAAUAUGAACCCCAAAAUAAGGACAUCAGGAAAACAUACCAAUAAGAUAACAAAGAACGAAAUGUGAUAAACAAAAUGUUCCCAUGUCUGUGCGACCAAUGUCUAAUCAUACUUUGCACUAGAAAGGAUUUUUUCUAGCAGUUCUUUAUUCUUAGGAACGAAAUCAGUAAGCAGUCUACUGCUAUACACUUGUCAAAUCAAUCGGAUCUUAAAUAAUUUUACUUAUCAGCUGCAAAGCUCUCAAUAACUACUGUUUUUUGAUUCAAGUUACAUGAACAGGUUUUUGUCGGUAGGCUAUUGUUUUGUCAUUAUGGCAUUUCAUUUGCCCAGUAUAACCUCUACAUGUAAUAUAAAACAUAAAUAAGGACAUGUGUCGAAAUAAGCACAAAUCUUAGAAAUAAGGGCAUUAUGGCAGCCCUGCUUAUAACUAACAGCGAUGGUAUUAAUAAGUAAAAUAUUUAAUAUAGUAUAGCUUUUGAUCAGUGAAAUACCCAUAGUUUGAUUUCUGACUAUUUGGGCAUUUAUUUAAAUUAUUUCCCAUGCAUAUGUCUGGCAGCGACCGUAUAAGUUAAGAAUAUCGACGAUAAGUUUGUGAAAUACAGUAUUGUUAACUUUUAUCCAAUUGUGCACUCAUAACAAGUAAUUCUGAAGCAACCAGUCAUUUUUGGAUACCUUGUUAUUGCAUGAAUUUGAAACUAUUUUCUGAAAAAGCCAAGCGAGUUAACAUAUUUGACUUUGUUUCUCCAGAAUGUUUUUGAUUGGCUUAUGCCUGUUUAUGUUUAAAUAGAUUGGUAUAUUCUGAUCAAUUAAUUAUGUUAGGUAAAAGCAGAAAAUAUAGUCUAUUUAUUACUAGUUUUUCUGAUCGGUAAACUGUUGUUAUAUUUGACUAAUCUCGGUCUUUUUCAUACUUGACUGUUUCUAGAAUAGUGUUCACAUAUUUAAAGUUUCUAUGUAAAUUCUAAAUUUCUUUGGUAGCUAUCUCAUGUUCUGUCCUGUAUCAAGUUUACACGAUGAUGUCCCUUUCCAGUCAGAAUUCCAGAGGUAGCAUUUUCCUUGAAGUACUACUUUUACACGAUUUUAUUGGGCUCCAGUUAGAUUCGAUUUUUUGUAUGUUUAUAUUUUUGAAAAAUUAAAUUGUAAUGUCUCUGUUUCCAAAAUCCUACAACGACAGUUCCGAUGUCUCAAUCUGCAGCAAAACAAUUCUGCAAUAUGACAACCUGCAUCUCCAAAUUGCACUGAUGCAAAUUAUUUUUGAAGUUUUGUCUGUAUUAGUAUGAGGUAGUCAUUGGUUCUCACCCUUUUAUAUCUUGUGACCCCUUUCUGGAGGCGUUUAGCACUCAUGGUCCCCAGUGGUAGUUACUUUGAUUGGUAGAUUUCAAAUCCCAUUGUACUCAACAAAGUGAAAACACUCUGUGGGAUAACUUUAUCAAGCAAUGAAACUAGGGAGAACUGGGAGUUUUCUCGUAAAGGGAAAAGUAAAAUCAGUACCUAGCAUUGUGUCCCCCAUCGAACUGCUUAUGUUGACCAAAGGUUGGAAACCGUUUAGUUUGAAGAGAAGUCAAUCACUGAGUUAAGUCUCACUGGCAUUAGUUGAUGUCCAAUCAAAGUCACUUUGAUAAAUGGUGUUUUGAGUCCAACUCUUGUUAAUUCAAUUAAUCAAAUCCCCAAACAGGGUGUUGCGAGUUAACGGAGUCUCAAAUUGGUUUAAAAUCAAGUCGAUCAACGAGUCCAGUCUUGUGAUUAGUUGAUGACGAGUUGUUCCAGGUCAUUCAGUUUAGAUGAAUGGAGUACUUCAAGUCUUUGAUAAAUGAUGUCAGACUUCAGUCCAAAUCUAGUCAAGUCUCAAUAACGGUCAUAUCGAAUCGAUCAAAAUAACACUAUAAAUACCACUGGAGUAAUAAACGGGGGGGGGGGGGGGGGGGGACAUGAGUGCUAAAAGCGUCCGGAAGGAAGCCACGACAUAAGAAAUGUUGGGAACAAUUGGACUGGAGUCAUUAAUGAUGAUGUUUUGAGCCUCCCUGGUGUUGUUAUCUAUAGGAUAUAAAAUUAACGAUCGAUUACACACAUUUUUCCCCUCUCAAAAUUUUUUUUUCAAUUAGUGGAAUUGUGGUUCAUUUCAAUGACUUGCUACCUCUGGUAUUCUGGCAUAUAUCUCUAUAAAUAUUGUGAUUUGAUCAUUUAGCAAGAAUCAAAGAGUCUACACAAUUGGUCCUAUUGCGGCUGUUGUUGUUAUUAGAUGAUUAUAUCUUUAAGGCAAGAUAUUUGAGAGGACUUAGUGUGCAACAUAAUCUGGAGCACUUGCUUUUGUAUCUGUGAUAUUCGCUACCUCAGAUAAAAACAAUUCUAAAAACCAAAAGGCAUGCUUUUUUAUUUGUCUGUCAACAUACUUAGUUUGAGUUCCUGAGAAUCUGAAAUCUCAAUGAAUUUGAAAUUUAGACUCUGGGGAGUUCUUAGAUAAGACUUCGACAUCCCAAAAAACAUGUCCAUGCUUUCGAAAACAAAUAACUGGCAACUGAAUCCCACACCUGACAUAGACUUGUAUGUAAAUCCCAUCCUAACAUGACAACCUAUCCUAAAUAUCAACCUAAAAUUGGAAGAUUACUGCUAAGCUUUCUGAUUCUUCCUGAAUGACCAUUUCACAAUCUAGUCUUAAAUAUCUAUUGAUAAAUAAUUUUCUUUUCAUAUAAUUAUGUAAACUGGAGUAAUGUAUUUUUCUACAAACGAUUUACACAGAAUGUAGAAGCCCAGAGCAAAAUAUUGAAUGAAUUUUUGUAAAAUUUUCCAUUUUUGGAAGGUAGGGAAUACAAGUUGAAUGGAUUAUACAGGAUGUCCAUAAAGUCAUUUUACAAUUUCAAUUUUGUCAUAAAAUCAAUUCUCAAUAUAUCUUAACCAGGUUUGUUGUUAAUCAGUAAUUGUUUAAGUAUUUUUAAUUCGUUUAAUACAUCUGUGAGGGCUAAAACAAUAUAUGGUAUCGAUAAACCUUUUGCAAUUCUAAGGCUUUAUGGACACUCUAUAUAUGAAACAACUUGACAAGUUAUUGUAACAAUCUCUUGUGUUCCAAAAUCUAAAAAAAAAUGAAAUAUCUCUAGAAAUUUUGCAAAAUUGUUUGGGAAAGAUAUUUUGCUUUGGUGCUAUAGUCGAAUUGCUUUGGUUGAAAUAAGUUUCAUACAAAUAUAAUUGGUUGGAACGAAA